AUGGCCGUCCAUAUAUCCAAGGACCUGCUCAAAGCACAAUAUGUAGGGAAGAGCCUCUACCAGGUGCCGACGCCGGCCUGCGUGUUGGAUCUGGCCAAGUUAGAGGCGAAUUGCAACCUGAUGCUGGAGGCGUCACAAAGACUCGAUCUAAGUUGGCGAGCACACAUCAAGACUCACAAGACUGCUGAACUGACGAGGCUACAAGUGGGGGAUGACAGCUCGUCAGCGGUCAACAUUAUUGUUUCUACCUUGACUGAGGCAGAGAAUGUUGUGCCCCUGCUUCAAGAAUUCCGGCAAAAUAGCAGGAAAGUCAAUGUUCUCUACUGUCUCCCCAUCUACACGUCAUGUGUAGAUCGUCUAGCUCAAGUCUCCGCCCAACUAGGGCCUAAUGGUCUGACAGUGAUGGUCGACCAUCCCGACCAACUAAAGUACCUCACUCUGCUAGCCUCCAAGUCGGGCAACCCGCCCCUAGUCUUCCUCAAGAUCAACGUGGGCAGCAACCGCGCCGGCGUCUUCCCAGGUUCAGCCAUGUGCAACUUCCUAGUGGACAAGCUGUUAGUUUCGGAAGCAGUGGGAUCAUGUGUCUUCCUAGGCGUCUACACCCACGCAAGCAAAUCCUACGAAACCCGCGACGACUGGCAGGCGCUCGACUUCCUGGGCCUCGAGUUCAACGAGCUAUACGAUGUAGCCCGCGUGGUCCGCAAGGAGCGGCCGAACCACCCCCUAGUCCUGUCCGUCGGCGCAACGCCUACCGCAACAUCGUUACAACACCCUGAUUUCGACGAUCCCGCCGCCGCGACAACAAAUGGCCCCAAUGCGCAAACAAGCAAACUAGCUAGCCUGAUCCAAACCCUGAAACAAGACGGCUUCACGCUCGAGGUUCACGCGGGAGUGUACCCCACGCUGGACAUCCAACAGCUCGCCGCACACAGCCGCGACUCCAAGUUCCUCAACAGCAACGCCAUUGCCAUUUCGGUACUCGUCGAGGUCGCUUCGCUGUACCCAGGGCGCGGACCCCACGGCACCACCGAGGCGCUCGUCAACGCGGGCACCCUUGCUAUCGGCCGUGAGCCCUGCAAGGACAUGGGUUCGCCCGCGGGGAUACACUACAGCAAUUGGGGCAUCGUGUCGCCGUGGAACGCCGAGAAGCAACCGUCGCCGGGGAAGAACUUCCCUGCCGAGCAUGGCGGCUGGCAGAUUGGGCAGAUAACGCAGGAGCAUGGCAUCUUGACUUGGGUCGGGGAGAAGGAGGAUGAGGUGCCGCUAUAUGUUGGGCAGAGACUGAGGGUUUGGCCUAAUCAUGCUUGUAUCACGAGCGCGGGACAUGCGUGGUAUCUUAUUGUGGACAGUCGGAACCAGGGGCGCAAGGACGAAAUCGUUGAUGUCUGGGUCCGGUGGAAUGGAUGGUAA